AUGAGGCUGUCGGUCGACUCUGCGAUAAGUCAGCUACCCAGCCAUGCCGCAACUGAUCGGGUCCUUGACAUGGACUUCACGGGGAAGGUCAACGUGCUUGUGGGCCCAGGUUGUUGGCUUCCUAUGCAGAUCAGCAAGCUUACCGCAGUGCUUGACCAGAUUCGGGAGGCGGAUGAAUGCAUCCGGGGAGUCGAGGCGGAGUUGAUCUACAGAUGUGAUGAUGCUAGCGGUCUGGCGCAGAGGGCCGAAAAGAGCGAAGUGGCUUCCGAAAGUUCGACGAGCUGUGAGGGUCGAGCUGAAAAUGCGAGGACCGCCGCCCGACCGAUGGACUUGGAAAGCUAUCGAGGUGGAUUCAGACUCAUCGUUGUACUCAGUCCAGACGACGGAGCUGGCGAUGCAGAUUGUGCGGCGACGAAGCUGGAGGUGGAGAGGAUAGUGCAAGAGCAUACCGAAAGCUAUGGUGGGGUCGCCGAGUCCGAGCACCGGUUCUUCCCAGACGACUUCAGACAGGUGGGCGCAGUAUAUACAUUCGGGGCAGGCGUUGGCGUAACACGCAUCCGGCCCUUCUACAGACCGUGGCUUACUGAUUUCUCAUGGGCGGAUUCGUCUUGCGCAGGCUCGCACGACUUUCGAUUGGCGGACGUCAAGUAUUUUGUCCUGCCAGUGGUGUUCAUAACAGAGCCUUCCAAGGUCUUCGGCUUGCUGGAGCGUGUGGCUGCGGUGUAUGGUGUCGUCGUCGUGGAGGCCAAUCGCUUGAAGGUUGGGAAAGACGUGAGUCUUACGCAGGCUGAGGUUGGGUUUGGAAGCGAACUUCUACCGGUUCAGCGUCUGGAGUUCGAGAUGGGAAGGAAAUGA